ACCCAAUUUAAAUUUCUUCAUAAGGUUUAAAUAAAAGGCACCCUAAAACAAUGCUAAGUAUCUCAAUUGGGGGACCACAUCCUCUGCGCUGCGUAGGAAUCGGGUUGAGAAUGCCCAUCACCAGAUUAUCUUCAAAAGCCAUCAUCACCAAUACUAAGCAAAACCCUUCUCAAUCUUUAAAAGCAAUCCCACAUCAAAAUCAAGGCUCUGAACUCAAACCAGUUGUUUCUGCUUCGGAAAUUGAUGUUUUUGUUAGAAAAAAGAGGAUUAAAAGAGAACAGAAAACAGAAAGUAGUCAUGUUGAUGAAGUUACCGGUUUACCUGAUAUUGAAGAUUUCACCUUUAAAAAAAGCAAUAUGCUAGUAUCUAGGAGAGAGAAGUCGGAAUGCGUUUCUCCAGCUCAACCAACAGAAGUCGGUGUUGCUUCUACCGUGAAGUGUGGUAAUGCUCCAGAAAACUGGGUGAAGGUUCUUGAAGGGAUCCGUAGCAUGAGAUCUUCUGAAGAUGCACCAGUAGACUCUGUUGGUUGUGAGAAGGCUGGAAGUUCUCUUCCUCCAAAGGAAAGAAGAUUUGCGGUACUUGCUUCUACGCUGCUUUCAAGCCAAACCAAGGAUCAUGUUACUCAUGGCGCAAUUCAACGUCUCUUGCAAAAUGGACUUCUUGAUCCCUAUGCCAUUGAGAAAGCUAAUGAGGAAACCAUCAAGAACUUGAUCUACCCGGUAGGCUUCUACACCAGAAAAGCCAAUCACUUGAAAAAAGUAGCAAAUAUCUGUAUUGCCAAGUAUAAUGGAGAUAUUCCGAACUCACUAGCCGAUUUACUUGCACUCCCUGGAGUAGGUCCGAAAAUCGCUCAUCUGGUUCUACACAUUGCUUGGAAUGAUGUUCAAGGAAUAUGCGUUGACACUCAUGUCCAUCGUAUCUGCAACAGGCUAGGAUGGGUGACACGAGCUGGCUCUACUCAAAAAACUAAAACACCGGAGGAAACUAGAGAGGCACUGCAGAAAUGGCUUCCCAAGGAAAAUUGGGCUCCCAUAAAUCCACUUUUGGUCGGGUUUGGGCAGACCAUAUGCACACCAUUGAGACCGCAUUGUAGUAUUUGUGCGAUUAAUAAGCUCUGUCCGUCUGCGUUUAAAGAGGCUCCAAGCCCAUCUUCCAAACCAAAGAAACCAGCAAGUGAUUAGUUAGCAGCAGAACUUUUGUGAACUUCAAUAAAUGUUAUGUAAAUUUUGCUACCGAAGUGCUAAGCUUGUGUUUUUGAUGUGGGAUUAGUGAAGGCAUUGUGUAUUUCGCAAUUUGCUAUACAUCAUAUUGAUUGAUAUCAAUUUAUGUAAAUGGCUUAAUCAUUUGAUUACCCGAAGUAUUUGAUAUCAAUGUCCAUUCUCAACUGUGUCUAAGAAUUACAGAUCUUUGAUUUUGAAUUAUCACGGCUGAUAUUAAAAUGACUUAUUAAAAUUA